UUUAUGCCCCAAGCUUGAUGAUUGGUGCUGCUCUUGGUGCCGUGUUUGGGGCGGCUGCAGAAAUCAUCAAUUCAGCCAUCCCUGGAAAUGCUGCUGUUGCCCAGCCACAGGCCUACGCUCUGGUCGGGAUGGCUGCUACAUUAGCUUCAGUUUGUUCAGUUCCCUUGACAUCAGUGCUACUUCUGUUUGAGCUGACAAAGGAUUCCAGAAUUUUGCUUCCAAUCAUGGUAAUUUUCAGCCCAGAACUUGUUUAGAGAACUGGCAUUUCUUUGUAUUUUAAAAAGCUUCCUGUCACAAUCUAAAUCUGGUCAAGGAUGUGUGAAGCUGUUUUAACUUUGAAGCUGCCUAGA